CACUCCAACCAGCUCACAGCCAAAGAGUUCCUCUGUCCCUCUCACACUGAUCAAGCUUUAAAUCCAGAAGUUUUCCCUGAGACAUUACUCCAAAGGAACUUAUUGCUCAAGUCUAAAGGACACAACCAAAGGAGAGGUGUAACAGAGAGGAGGAAGAGCAACCGGUGACAAGUGAAUUAGCAACGCCUUUAUGGUGUUCCCAUCACAGCUUGAAGGAGUUCAAGUUCCUGCACGUUUAUAACAGGUCGGAAGAUUCCAGCUAUGACUCAGAGCUCUGGGGAGAACCCACAAAGGACCCGGAGUGGUCUCCACCAGCUCCGAGCCGGGAUCCAGUCCCGGUCGCUGAUGGCCAAGAAGAGAGUGGAAAGCAUCACAAAGGAUGAUGUGAAAGGAUUCUUCUUAAGAAAUGCCUUUGUGCUCUUUACCAUCGCAGCUGUCAUUAUUGGCAUUAUCCUGGGAUUUGCCCUGCGCCCUUAUAAAAUGUCUUACCGUGAAGUGAAGUUCUUCUCUUUCCCUGGGGAACUGCUGAUGAGAAUGCUUCAGAUGCUCGUGCUACCCCUGUUGGUUUCCAGUCUCAUCACAGGUAUGGCUGCUCUGGACAGCCGGGCUUCUGGUAAAAUGGGUAUGAGGGCAGUGGUCUACUAUACCACCACUACUGUCAUUGCUGUGUUCAUCGGUAUCGUCAUGGUGCUCAUUAUUCACCCCGGAAAAGGAUCGAAGGAUGAGUUCGCCAAGGCGCCACAGUUAGAGCAGAUCAGCCCAGCUGAUGCCUUUCUGGACCUUAUCAGAAACAUGUUUCCCCCUAACCUUGUGGAGGCUUGCACCAAACAGUUCAAGACGAAGUAUGCCAAGAGAGUAGUCCAUGUGACGAUGACAGUGAAUGACUCGAUAUUCACACUCAAUGGCAGCCAGGAGAUAUCCCAGGAGGAGAUGAUCCCAGUGCCAGGGUCGGUUAAUGGAAUCAAUGCUCUCGGCCUGGUGGUGUUCUCCAUAUGCUUUGGUCUGAUCAUAGGGAGCAUGAGGGAACAGGGACAACCCCUCAAGGACUUCUUCGACUGUCUCAAUGAAGCCAUUAUGAGGCUGGUCGCCAUAAUCAUGUGGUAUGCCCCUAUUGGUAUCCUGUUCCUGAUUGCUGGUAAGAUCGUGGAGAUGGAUGACAUUACAUCCAUGGGCGGCCAGCUGGGAAUGUACACAGUUACAGUCAUCUGCGGCCUCCUCAUCCACGCCAUCAUUGUCCUGCCAACACUCUACUUCCUUGUCACCAGGAAGAACCCCUUCGUUUUCAUCGCUGGGCUGUUGCAGGCACUUAUCACUGCCCUUGGAACAUCCUCUAGUUCUGCCACAUUGCCCAUCACUUUCAAAUGCCUGGAGGAAAACAACAAGGUGGACAAGCGAGUGACCCGUUUCGUGCUCCCCGUCGGUGCCACCAUAAACAUGGAUGGCACAGCUUUAUAUGAAGCCCUUGCAGCCAUCUUCAUCGCCCAGGUCAAUGAUUAUGAACUCAACUUCGGACAGAUUCUCACCAUCAGUAUCACAGCCACAGCAGCCAGUAUUGGAGCAGCUGGAAUCCCUCAGGCAGGCCUGGUCACCAUGGUGAUAGUGCUAACAUCUGUAGGCCUGCCCACUGAUGACAUCAGCCUCAUCAUUGCAGUUGAUUGGUUCCUGGACCGAUUGCGCACCACCACCAAUGUCCUUGGAGACUCCAUUGGUGCAGGUAUUGUGGAACACCUGUCUCGUCACGAGCUGCAGAAAAAGGACCCUGAGGUUGGAAACUCAGUGGUGGAGGAGGCAAACAAGAAGCCGUACCAGCUCAUCUCCCAGGAGAAUGAGUAUGAGAACGAGAGGCCUCCUCACAGCGAGACCAAGAUGUAGUGGCUAGAGUCUGACGUUGCAUACAUUCUUAGGAAAACCAUUGCGCUGCAUUGAACCACGUUCUCAAAUAAUCUCUUCUUAAUUUGCAAACCUUCCUCUUGCAAGAUUGAAGGGUUCAAAUUAAAUUGAUCUACAGCUAGAAUAUUUUUCAGCCAAGAUAAGUUCCACUAAUGUUUGAGGUCUGGUGUGGGCUUUCCUGAUAUACUGCACACUUGAAAUGGUUCACUGUUUUUCUAAGGGUUUGUGCUGUGAUGCUUUCUAAGAGUACUAUACCUAUCUGCCAUAGGAUGGCAGCUGUUUACUAUUACAGUGAGAAUGAACUACUCUAGUCCCUGGUGGUCAAUGGUCUGCAUGCCAUAUCCAACUUCUCUCAGAACUGUGAUGACUAAUCUAACCCACUAGAGGCCAGUAUUGCUGUGAGUCUUAACAUGCCGCAGCAGAUUACAGCCCAUACUUGCACAGACGCCUUUCUGGCUUUAAAGUUGUUGCUUUUGUUUUGUUUCUAUGUGGAUCAUGUAAGUGAAAUGGUAGUAAAAAUCUGAGACUGAGGUGAAAACUGUUGGAUAUGAUGCACAUACACUGGGGUGACCAGGCCAACUUCUUUGGGGGGAAAAGGGCUUUCUAUUUACAAACUUCUGUACAGAGAUUCCUGACUUUAUUUUCUAUGAUUUGGUGUACAGAUUUCAACUGAAUGAAUGCAUGAUGUCAUCUACCCUUAAGGUACACACACUUUUGUCCCCUAAUUAUCUAAACAAGUGAGUGCAAUUGUAAGGCAAACAUAGCUGUCAGAACAUCUUGGCAACUACCCAGCCCUUAAACCAACUAUUACAAUCAUUAAAGUGAUAAACCAAAAACCACUCAGCCACAUUUUCAUCUGAAAAUUUGCUCUGCUGAGAAUUUAAAUCUUCAUCCAAUCAGAAUUUUAAGCCAUCAUAUUUCAACCAAAAAAAGGACCAAAAAUAUUCCAAAUUUCUAUACAGUUUCAUUAAAUCAUACCCACCCAUCCAAACAAAUCGCUAACCUACACAAUAAUACAUCAAUGUUUCAAUAGGAAGAUAGUCAUGAUGUUAUUUCUGAUUAAUUAACUCUAAUGGUGUGUGUGAGUAAGUCUCUUACGCAGGCCCUCUAACAUGGAACUAAAACUAUUUGGUUGAAACAUUAAAGUGUCAGUAUGAAAUAUUGGUUUUAUAUUAAAUUAGUAAAAUGAUAGUAAGGGGUAUAUCAUUUUGAAAUGUUGCUGGACUAUACUAAGUCUUGUCUAUUCUCAACUGACCUUUCUUUAGAUAAUAAAAUCUAACAUUUAUUUCAUUUGAUUUAAUAUGGAUGCAUGUUGUAAAGUCAUGGCUUUCACUUAAUUCCCGAUCUUUUAUUUUAGCUAGCGUUAAUUUGUACGUAUUGUUUUGCAUUUGAGUAGGCCUAUAUAUAACAAAUGUAACAUUUACAUAGAAACUGCUCUGUAUAGAAGAUUCUUCUCAAUAUACCGUACUUGUAUAGAGAAAUGUAGAUAAAUCUGUACAUUAAUUGUAGAUUUAAAUUGUAAAGGGUUACUUGAGGAUUGCGUAUGUAAAGAUGCUGUAACCAUGCUCUUGUUGAACCUAAUGACCAACUAACAAUCCCUCUAGUUCCUUUUACAAAUGCAAAACUGGCUGAUUUAAAAGGACAAAAUGUUUUCCUUUACACACUUGAGGAAAUGGAAUAGUUCCUUUGUUUACAGUUGCUGGUGUCUCUCUUGAUAUGUCACAUGUGAGUGCACACACAUACACACACGACUGAACAAUAGUUGUAAUUUUUAUC